GGGAGCGGGGCGGGGAGCGGCGCGGCAGGGCCGGGCGGCGGUGGAUGGAGACUCCCGUCCGCCGGGUCGCCCGCCCCAGCUUGGAAUGUCCUGGAGAGCCGCCGCCGAGCGGGAGCGGGACGGGGACCGAGGAGGGGGCAAGGCGGCUGCGGAGAGUCAAAGAAUUCUGGUCUUUGUGGCUUGUUUUGUGUACUCACUGCCUAACAGUUGAUCUUACCACGCCGCAAGCCUGCGAAAGCCAAACUGCUGUUUUGGUGCCUCAUCUUAGUCCGAAGUUUCAUCUUUUCAACUCCUGUGAUCUGGCGCUAUGCAUCCAGACCCUGGAUGCUUACAGGCACUGCUCUGCAUCGCUGCAAUGGGACUCAUCGCUGCCAUGAGUUCAGAUUUAACUCCCCGUUUUAUUUCUGAGCCCUUGUCCACUGUUCAGAAGCCUGGUGGGCCCGUCCACCUCAGCUGCUCUGCUGAGCCCCCCACAGCUCAUCUCUCUUGGCUGUUGAAUGGGGAGCCUCUGGACAGCAAGGUGGGAGAAGUGGAAAUGCAGCCGGGAUCGUUGACAAUCGCCUCCCUCAGCCCAUCAGCCUUGGGGCGCUAUCAGUGUGUUGCCAGCAGCAGUGUGGGAGCCGUUGUCAGCAGCCCUGCCACAGUAUCGAUGGGCAGUCUGGGAGAUUUUGAUGUGGCAACGAAAGCUGCUGUUGCAGCAGCAGCAGGAGGUUCAGCUUUCAUAGGCUGCAAGGUGCCAGAAAGUAACCCUAGAGCACAGGUUCGCUUUCAAGUGCGGGGAAAAUGGCUGGAACAAUCAACAGACAACUACCUAAUUCUUCCAUCUGGAAACCUGCAGAUUUUGAAUGUAUCUUUAGAAGACAAAGGAUCCUAUAAAUGUGCAGUGUACAACCCAAUUACUCAUGAUUUCAGAGUAGAAUUCCCUGGACACAAGCUCAUAGUCACACGCCCUUCGUCAGGUGACUUCCACAUCCUGCACCCACUGUCCCCGCAGAGCCUGGCAGUGCCCCAGUACAGCUCCCUGACACUGGAGUGUGUGGUCCAAGGGUUGCCUCCAACUUCUGUCCGCUGGGUGAAGGAUGGCCGGGAUGCACUGAGCAAAGGAAGGUGGAAACUGCUGCACUCCCACCUGGAGACGGACAGGUUGGAGGCAUCGGACUCAGGAAAUUAUUCCUGUGUGGUGGGAAGUGGAUUGGGAGUAGUGAAAUCCAUGAACUAUUCGCUCACUGUACUUGAACCUGCCUCGAUCUCCAAGGGGCUGCAGGAUGAAACUGCUGCUGCUGGAGCGACCGUGCACUUCUGGUGCGAGGUCCAUGGAAGCCCUGCUCCCACCCUCACCUGGCUCCACAAUGCAGCUCCCCUCCCUCCCUCUCCACGACAUUUCCUGCUGGGAAACCGUCUGCAGAUCCGCGGGGUCACCCAGGGGGACUCUGGCCUGUACCAGUGUGUAGCAGACAACAGGGUUGGAUUUGCACAGUCCACUGGGAGACUUCGUGUCCAGCCAGUUCCUCUAGAAGCUGGCACAACAGCAGAAGUGGCUCCCAUGGAGGAUGCCCAGAGCAAGGGUAAUUUUGGGGCAGAAAUGACAUUUCCAAGCUCGCCUCCAACAAUAUCCCACACGGACCCAGCUGCGACGGACAAAGCGUGGGAUGCUGCUGCUCCCCCCGAAGCCCCCAUCAUCCUCAGCCCCCCACAGACACUGAAGCCCAACACGUACAACCUGGUCUGGCGCCCGGGGCGAGAUGGGGGCUUGCCCAUCAAUGCCUAUUUUGUCAAAUACCGCAAGCUGGACGACAGCGUCGGCGCGCUGGGGAGCUGGCACACGGUGCGUGUCCCCGGCAGCGAGAAUGAGCUGCGACUCACCGAGCUGGAGCCUUCCAGCCUCUACGAGGUUCUGAUGGUGGCCAGGAGUGCUGCUGGAGAGGGCCAGCCUGCCAUGCUGACCUUUCGCACCAGCAAAGAAAGAACAUCAUCCUCGAAGAACACUCAGGCUCCAUCUCCCCCAGUGGGCCUUCCUAAAUAUCCUGUCAUUCAUGAAGGGACAAGUAAUUUCGGAGUCGUCCUUCCAGACCUGUCACGACACAGUGGGGUUCCAGAAGCACCCGACCGCCCCACCAUCUCCACAGCAUCGGAAUCAUCCGUCUACGUCACCUGGAUACCACGAGCAAAUGGUGGCUCCCCCAUUACUGCCUUUAAAGUGGAGUAUAAACGUCUGGGUCGAAACAGUGAUUGGCUAAUUGCAGCUGACAACAUUUCUCCUUCCAAGCUCUCUGUGGAAGUUCGUAACUUGGAGCCAGGAGAAAUGUACAGGUUCCGUGUGAUUGCUGUGAACAACUACGGGGAGAGCCCACGCAGCGCUGCCUCCCGCCCCUACCAAGUGACCGGAUUUACCGGCAGGUUUUCCAGCCGCCCCAUCGCGGGACCCCACAUUGCGUACACCGAAGCCAUCAGCGACACUCAGAUCAUGUUGAAAUGGACAUACAUUACAUCAAGCAACAACAACACACCCAUCCAAGGAUUUUAUAUCUAUUACCGGCCCACGGACAGCGACAACGACAGCGACUACAAGAGGGAUAUUGUGGAAGGAACAAAGCAAUGGCACUUGAUAAAUCACCUGCAGCCAGAAACCUCCUAUGACAUUAAAAUGCAGUGCUACAACGAGGGUGGGGAGAGUGAGUACAGCAACGUGAUGAUCUGCGAAACCAAAGUGAAACGCACACCAGGAGCAUCCGAAUAUCCAGUGAAAGACCUGAGCACACCCCCAAAUGCCCCCGAGCGGGUUGGGGGAGGAGGAGCUGGGCCAUCAAAUGGCCCUGUUCGGAGCAGUGACAUGUUGUACCUGAUUGUGGGCUGCGUCCUGGGGGUGAUGGUCCUUAUCCUCAUUGUCUUCAUUGCCAUGUGCCUGUGGAAGAACCGGCAGCACAACACCAUGCAGAAAUAUGACCCUCCUGGCUAUCUGUACCAAGGGGCAGAUCUCAAUGGGCAGAUGAUUGAGUACACAACCUUACCUGGUACGAGCCGAGUCAACGGCAGCAUCCACGGGAGCUUCAUAGGCAACGGCAGCCUGGGCAAUAGCUGCCCCCAUCUCCAUCAUAAAGUCCCAAAUGGAGUCAAUGGGAUGAUGAACGGGGGAGCUGGGAUGUACCCUGGGCAUACCAGCUCCCUGACCGGGACACGUGUGGACUAUGAACAUUCCCACCAUCUUGUCAAUGGCAGUGGGCUGUACACAGCAGUGCCACAGGCUGACCCCUCCGAGUGCAUCAGCUGCCGGAAUUGUCGGAACAAUAACAGGUGUUUCACCAAAACCAGCAGCACUUUCAGCAGCACCACGCUGCCUGUCAUGCCCCUCGUUGCACCUUAUCAGCAGGAGGGCUUGGAGAUGAAACCUCUCAAUCACCACGUUAUGAUGGCCAUGUGCUUGGCCUCAAGUGUCCCAGAGUGCAGCGCUCAGCUGGAGGAGGACAACAAGGAGAAAGUGGAUCAGCCCCCUGCCCCGCAUUCCUGCUGUCGAGAAGGCAUUAACCAGCUCUCUGUGGGCUGCAGCGAUGGUGACAGCUGCGCACACUCAGAGACAUCGAACCACAUUUUGAGCUGGAGUCCCCUUAUUCUGCAGCCUGUUUCAAAGGACUGUAAGGAAAAAACAGGAUGGAGUUCAUCCAGAGUCACCUUAAAUGAUUCUGGGGACCUUCGGCAGCUCCAGCUCCAGGAGACCUGAGGCAGUGACCAUUGUCCCCACAUAACGCCAGGAACUGCACAGCAGAGUCGCUGAAUUCAAGGGAGUGAUGGAGGGAUGUUAAUUAUAACAGAGAGAGUCACUAUUUAUUUUUUUGUAGUAGUGUCAUAUGAAUGUAUCUUGUUUUUAAAAAUGGUUGCCUUUUUAUAUUAUUUAUGCCUUGAAAUUCCCUUCUCCCUGCCCCCCCACCCCAUGCACCACGAAACUAGCCUUGUUAUGUGUAUAAAAAAAACAAAAACAAGAGUUGUAAUAAUAUAAAGAACAACGAUGGGAAAUUUGGAGUGUGUUUUCCAUGGUGUGAGACCAGGAAAAGUGUUUGGAGGAGUCAGAUCCAGGGUCUGAUGCCUCUGACCCUGUCAACUCAGCACUGUGGUGCUGGAACCCUCCUUCCUGUGACUACUUCCUGUCCUCUUCUGGUUUCUCUGAGAAGGUCCU